AUGAGUAGGAGAAAACAAUUCAAACCUAUACGAGUGUCGGACGUUUUGCCGCCACAACCAGGCGUGCUUGACUUUAGCAAUGGAGGUGCGAAUUACCGAGAAGAAAAUGGCAUUGAUCAAAAUGAAGAAGAACCAAUGGAUAUGCAUGUUGUUGCUGUCAUUACCUGUGACAAAUGUCCAGAAGCAUUUCGAACACGUGAGGCUUUAAGUGAACAUUUAAGGACUCGCCAUGUUGAAAUCAGAACAAAACCUGAAGACUAUCCAACUGCAUAUCAUCGGCUUGGUAGAGAAUUACAACAAGAAUUUGUACCAAACGGUCACAAUAAUCAAAAGGAGGAUUCUCCAGUGAAAGAAAAACAUACUCCUCAACCUUCACCACAACCAUCACAACAAUCUCAACCACCAAUACAACUACCAUCUAAACCAUCUCCACAACCAAUACAACCUUCAACACCGUUAAAGCCAUCACCUGUGUUACCAUCUCAAUCCAUGGAGGAGGGAGCCUUGGACCUAGCCUCCAGAUCAGAUAGCAAUCGAAUUUUUCACCAAGAUGCAUAUUGUGACAUUUGUGAUCGUGAAUUUUGCAACAAAUACUUUCUCAAAACCCAUAAAGCAAAUAAACAUGGUGUGUAUGAGAAUUCACCAUUUUCGUAUGGAACCAAUACAAGUGGUUUUCCUAAUCUACCCAUUCCUCCAUCAUUAUCUCUGCCUAAAGAUACCACACCAAGCAAAGUUAUUGCACCUUCACCACCAAGCACUCCAAAAGUGGAAGCUAUAAUACAGUCAAUGAUCAAAGCAGAAACUCCAAAAGGUCCACCACCAGUGACAGUGCUAGCUUCUAAUAAGGCCAACACUGAGACAACUAGUUCAUCUUCCAAAUCAACUCACCCAGAUAUGGAAGACUAUUGUGAGAUUUGUCAAAAGCAUUUCUGUAACAAAUACUACCUCAAAAAGCAUAAACAAGAUGUUCAUGGUAUAGUGCCUGAAACUCCAUCCUCUUCAUCCAAACGUAACCGUGCUAACUUUGACAUCCCAUUUACAUCAACAGCUACGUCCUCCCCCAUGAUCUUACCUCACAACAUUGCUAGUAUUGCUGGAUUACCUGCAAUGCCAAAUAUGCCUGGAGUCAUGGUAUUGAAUGGGUUGAAUCCAUUCAUGCCGCAAGUAGCUCUCCUUCAACACCAUAAUUUACUUCCACAUCAACAACUUCAUCCACAUUCGUUACCACAACAUGUUUCACAACCACUUCAACUUUCACCUCGUACAGCCGAACCACAUCAAACAACCGCUAAAUCUUCCUCAUUACCAUCACCAAGUGAAUCUUCAAAGAAUCUCACUGUCUUUAACCAAGAGGCUUAUUGUGAAAUCUGUCACAAAGAAUUCUGCAACAAGAUGUUCCUGAAAAUCCAUAAGGCUAGUAAACAUGGAAUAUUUGAAAAUGAUGGCAUUGAAAUCCCUCCGCAGUAUCUUCACAUGGCUAAGGACCUAUCAAAAGAACCACCAAAGUCUGAAACUGAGAGCCAAAAGAGCCCCAACACUAAUCAGGAUAAAGACGUCAUGCAUUGUAAACUUUGUAACAAAGACUUCCACAGCAAGUACUCUUACAAAGUACAUUGCAUGUCUAUGCAUGGCACGAGGAUGGAAAUGCCAAGGGAUUUGACAAAAGAACCAGAAGGAUCUGAUGCUGUAGCACCCAAGAUGGAGAUGCCUGGAUCUGAAGGACUUCUAAAAGUGGCCAAUGAAGCCCAAGCCGCAAUUAACAAUAACAAUCCAACAACCAUGUUUGGCAAUAUGAUAGCAGCUAAAUUAGCUGAUCGGGUAGUGUGUGAUAUAUGCAACAAAGAACUGUGCAAUAAGUACUUCCUUAAAGCUCACAAGCUGAAAGUUCAUGGUAUAGACAUUGGUUUAAGUGAAAAUCCUGAGCAAAAAGGUGAAUCUCAAUCAAAGCAAUCUCUUCUUCCUAAACCAGACAUGAAGGACAUGCCUAUGUUUGUACCAGAGCUAUUUGCUCAGGAGUUACUAGCCAGAGCACAGAAUGCCAAAAAGGUUGACCUAAACCUAACACCACCUUCAGACAAACCAACAUAUGAAGAGCUGAUGAAACUUGGCAUUGAUCCCGAAGCUUACUGUGAAAUUUGCAAGAAAGAGUUCUGUAGUAAAUACUUUUUGAGGACUCAUAAGCUGAAUAUUCAUGGUAUUAAAGCUGAUAAAUUUGAUGAAAAAGAUAAACCAUAUCCUCUUCUUCCCAUGAUGCCAGGACUACCAAUGAUGCCAGGAUUUCCUUUUCUACCAUCAUCAUUAUCAGGAAUGCCUCUUCUAGCUCCAAACCUUCCACCAACUCCUACAUCAAUUAGUUCCAAGUUGGAGCAGACUGAUCCAGACAGCUAUGAAAAACGCACAUGGAGAUGGAAAGAGCCAGUAAAUAACAGCAGGGUGAUUUGUGAAAUCUGCAAUAAGGAGGUGUGUAAUAAAUACUUCCUGAGGACUCACAAGCUGAACAAACAUGGUAUUGUUCCAAGUGAUAAGUCACUUUCACCAACUGUUAGUGGUUCACCAGCUCUCUCUGAUUGUGAUACGGCUAGCAAUGCUUCCAGUCAACCAGAUCAAAACAACUACCAAUCAAAACCAGAAAAUCUUUCUCUUUCCAAACCUUUUUCCAGACCAUCCAGCAUAAAAGGCUAUGACAUGGAAGAACCAACUGAUUUAAGCAAUAAUAGUGGUGGCGAAAUCUGUCACCUUUGUGAUAGACAUUUUAAGAGCAGCAAAUGGUUGAAAGCUCACAUCAUGAAAGAUCAUGCUUCCUGGCCUCGAAGUGAUGCACUUGAUAUGCGUGUUCCUACAAAACAAUCCAAGCUGGAUCAAGGUAUUGGUAAACCAUGUGAAAUUUGUGGAAUAAACUUCCCAAGUGAAAUAACAAUGCAACUUCACUUGAUUCAGGAACAUCAUGCACAGGUCACGUUAAAAACUGAUGAUAUUCAAAAUGGAGAGAGUGAUUCUGCAUCUCCAAAAUCUGAGGAAGGACUUGGACAAAGGAGUAAAACUGCAGGUGAUUUACAGGAGGACUAUUCAUGUGUUUUGUGUGAUUAUAAAACCAAAUGGUUGUCAAAUUUAGCUUCUCAUGAAGAAAAAAUGCAUAACAUUUCAAAGGAGGAAUCAUCCAUUUUCAAUUGUAAACAUUGCCCGAAAUCAUUCCCAGAUGAAAUCAUGCUUUCCUACCAUACUGAACAAUAUCAUGCUAAUAAUAUGGAUAUCUCAGGGAGUCAAGAACUCAAACAAUUCAAAUGCACCAUGUGUAGUGAAACAUUUGCUUCACGGGUAAUGUGCCACAAGCACUUUCAAAGAGUGCACGCCAAGAAAUCAAAGCGAUCAGAUUCAAAGUUGUCGUGUACGUUCUGUCCGUUCAGAACUCACUACCCACAACUAUUGAAACGACAUGUAGAAAGACGUCAUAGUAAAUUAAAUGGAAAUGGUAAUGGAAAUGCAGAGAGAGGACACUCGGAAUCAGAUGAAAGAGAAAUGUCAGAUGAAGUGAGUGAGGAAUUUGAAGAAGACAUGGAAGAAGAAAGGGAAGAAGAAAUGGAGGAUGAUUUGCAGAAAAUGAAGACUUUUGAACCUAUUGAGUCACCAGUAAGACAUUUCCAGUCAUCAUUAGAUGAGAGCCGACUGGUAAAACCUCGAUUUUCACCCCUAUCCCAUUGA